AUGGAGACCCUGAUGAGUGCGGUGGCCCCCCGGUCCCCGGCCCCGGUGAAGAAGGCCUCUGAGGUGGACUUCCGGUCAGGGGCCACACUGGAGCAGCUGUCGGCCCAGGUGUCUGAGCUGGUCACACUGGAGCAGGGGGACUUUGGGGACCAUCUGGCCUUGGAGGUCCACACGGCCAAAGACUUCAUCUUCAACAUGCUGGGUAAGACUUGCCCACAGGCAGGAUAUUAUAUAUGCUAUUACAUUUGGGUUAAUAUGAUAUGUUUGAUUCACUACUGAUAUAGACAGCAUUAUAAACUGGGUGGUUCAAGCCCUGAAUGCUGAUUGGCUGAAAGCAGUGGUAUAUCAAACCGUAUACCAUGGGUAUGACAAAACAUUACUUUUGACUCUUCUAAUGACGUUGGUAACCAGUUAAUAAUCGGCCAAUAUACCACGGCUAAGGGCUGUAUCCAGGCACUCCGCGUUGCGUCUUGCGUAAGAACAGCCCUUAGCCGUGGUAUACUGGCCAUAUACCACCCCCCCCCGGGCCUUAUUGCUUAAAUAUAACAUCAUUAUUAUACAGCAUUAUUAAUAUUAUAACAGCUAAUGACUUCACCUUCAACAUGCUGCAUACGGCUCAUAGUAACGGGCAAGCUGAAUGUAGGUGGACACAGAACCUGAUAGUGUAAAACAUUGCUUAUACCGGGUCCAUUAAUGCCAUAUACAGUAUGUAAGACUCACGUAUGUUUGACUGAGGCCUAUUGUGUGCUUGAUGAAAGCGUGCUGUGAGUAAUGCGGAUGUAGAUAAGUACAGAUGGAAAAAAGGGUGGUGGCUCAGCUGUGUUUAUUUUCUGUGUCAUAGAUCAAGGUGCUAAUAUGCUUAUCAGCCAGGUGAAGUGAGGUUCUUUGUCCGAUAGGUGGCACUCUUCCCUCUCCCUCUCUGUUCCUCUCCUCUCUCCCUGCCUGUCCCAAUGCAACUGAAACCAAAGCCCCUUUGGCCGGGAUCCCUCCCUGCGUUUUCUAUCUCUUGAGCCGCAUGUCCUCCUUCUCCUCUAUUUCACUUCCUUCUGUUUUAUUGCUCCAUCUCUCUGUUUUGCUUAUUCCCCCCAUCGUGCCUGUUUGUGGAUCAUGUGCAGCUUGAUAGGGAAGCACAAUACAUUUGACAUUUUAGUCAUUUAGCAGACGCUCUUAUCCAGAGCGACUUACAGUUAGUGCAUACAUAUUUUUUUAUUUUAUUUUUCAUACCCCCUGAACCCACAACCCAGGCGUUGCAAACGCCAUGCUCUAUCUACUGAGCUACAUCCCUGCCGGCCAUUCCCUCCCCUACCCUGGACGACGCUGGGCCAAUUGCGCGCCGCCCCAUGGGUCUCCCGGUCGCGGCCGGCUACGACAGAGCCUGGAUUCGAACCAGGAUCUCUAGUGGCACAGCUAGCACUGCAAUGCAGUGCCUUAGACCACUGCGCCACUCGGGAGACUAAUAAACACAAGCUAACUGGCACUAAGUCCACUUCCAUGUCCAUCCCCCUGUAACAAUAGCUGUGAAUAGGAGCCACGAUUGGCAGUGAGUAUUGUUUGCCCUAAAAUAGCAUAACAGCCCCUUCUUCUAAUCCAGUCAAAUAUUGGAUUAGUUUACAGCCAACCCUCCUGUAUCGCUCUGCCUCUCAGCCUCUGCACUAGAUAGCCUAGCGUCCUCUUUUCCUCUCUCUCUUUCACUCUCUCUCUCUUCUCUUCUCCCUCUUUCUCUCUUCACUCGCUCUCUCAAUUUGGACAUCAUUGAGAACCCCCAGAAAAACAGUAAUCUGUGCCUAUUAUCAUCCUAAACCGGGUGAUCGAGAAGCAUGUGUAAGGAACGUUAAUACAAUGUUUGUCAUUAGUACUUUUUAAUUACUGUUGAAAAAAAAAAACAAGCCUCAUGGUUUCCCGUCCUCCCUCAUCUGUGAGAUAGCUCUCUCUUGACCAUUUUGCGCUCUCACUCACAAACAGUUAACCCUCUACUCCAAUUUAAUGACUUCCCCUGCCCUCACGGUGCACCCCCCCCCCCCCCCCCCCCCCUUUCCCUACCUCUCCCCUAUUUUUUUUAUUAAUUAAAAUUUUUCCACUUAAAUAUUUCUUUACCAAUCACAUCUUUUUCUGAGCUGAUCUGAUUGGGCUAAAUUCCAAUUAGUGAAAAGAUCAGAAUUAGGCUGCCUGUGUAAACGCAGCCUACAUGUCUGCAUGUCGGUAUCUGUGUGCAUGUGAGGUGCGUGUUUUUGACUUUCUUUUCUAGUUGGGUCUUUUUAAAAGUUUUCUCUAGCCUAGUUUGAGAAGCAGGAGGCUCCCCAGUGGGAAUUCAGUGCUGACAGAGAGGGAGAAGAGAAGAGAGAGGAGAGGAGGAGAUGCAUUGCACCACACAGUGAAACAGAGCCACAGUCUGACAGAUCCAAGGAAGGAAAAGCCACUUAUUUACCCGGUAGCUCCUCAGUAAACGGUGUUGGGCUAGCCUAUAGCAUGCCUGUGGAAACAAAUGGCUCUAGUAUUCCCACAGGACAAAUGGGUCGUGGGAAUGCAGGAAUGUAGAAUAAUGACCAAAGGCUGGUUUAUACUUGGUCUAACGACAUGUCUGUAUACCACAAGUAAUUGAUCUUAUUUACAGUUAGAUAAUAUAUCUUAGUAUUGUAGAGGUGUAGCUUAAACCCCCUCCGUAAAAGGCUCAUGACAGUCCACUUGGAGUUUGCCAAAAGGCACCUAAAAGACUCUCAGACCAUGAGAAACAAGAUUCUCUGGUCGGAUGAAACCAAGAUUGAACACUUUGGCCUGAAUGCCAAGCGUCACGUCUGGAGGAAACCUGGCACCAUCCCUACGGUGAAACAUGGUGGUGGCAGCAUCAUGCUGUGGGGAUGUUUUUCAGCAGCAGGGACUGGGAGACUAGUCAGGAUCGAGGGAAAGAUGAACGUACAGAGAGAUCCUUGUUGAAAACCUGCUCCAGAGCGCUCAGGACCUCAGACUGGGGUGAAGGUUCACCAACAGGACAACGGCCCAAAGCAAGACAACGCAGGAGUGGCUUCGGGACAAGUCUCUGAAUGUCCUUGAAUGGCCCAGCCAGAGCCCGGACUUGAACCCGAUCGAACAUCUCUGGAGAGACCUGAAAAUAGCUGUGCAGCGACGCUCCCCAUCCAACCUGACCGAGCUUGAGAGGAUCUGCGGAGAAGAAUGGGAGAAACCCCCCAAAUACAGGUGUGCCAAGCUUGUAGCGUCAUAACCAAGGAGAGUCGAGGCUGUAAUCGCUGCCAAAGUUGCUUCAACAAAGUACUGAGUAAAGGGUCUGAAUACUUAGGUAAAUGUGAUAUUUCAGUUUUAAUUUUUUUAUAAAUUUGCAAAAAUGUCUAAAAGCCUGUUUUUGUGUGUAGAUUUGUUGGAUAAGGAUGUAACGUAACAUAAUGUGGAAAAAGUCAAGGGGUCUGAAUACUUUCUGAAUGCACUGUAUCUGUUUUUUUGCCUUGGAUGCGUCUCAAUCAUAGCGGUGUUUGUCAGACCAUGAUGCAUCACAAAUCGGUCUUCUCACAAAAUCGUCUGUAGCGUCCGAACAGUUUGGCCUCUUCUGACCCCUCCAUGGAAAGAUGAGACUCUCAUGAACAGGACAGGCCUCACAAGACUCGACUGAAGGUCCCCCAGUACCAGUUGAAAAUAAUUCAUGGAAGUAUAUAGGGAGACUGUUUAGUACCAAAAAUAUUGGGUUAAAUACAUGUAAAAAAUAAAAAAAAAGAUAUAUCUUAUCUUUCUUAUGUCUCUCAGACAUAGGAGAGACACUUCAGAACAAACGUCCUUUUAAUAUUUUUUGGGGACUAUCUGUUGUUCCAUGUAGUGAAUCUGUUAUUCAAUGCAUUUGUAUGGGCUAAUCGCAGUAAGGCCAAAACAUUUUUUUCAUCAAAUAUAUAUAUUUUUUAUACUUCAAGGGGUCUUAAAAUUCUAAAUCAAAUAGCUAAAUGAUCCUUGGUAUGACCUUCUUAAAACAAUUCCAUAUAGCUUAGUAGAACCCCCCCACCCGGCUUAGACAGGGCGUAGACUGAUGGGUUUAGUAAAUGUAAAUGUUUUGAAGUCCCCCCUUGGCAGACCAAAUAGAACAAGUGUGGUCAUAGUCAGAAUAGUGCUGAUAAUGAUGACGGUGAUAGAAGUUGUGACUAUUCAAGAGCACAUUUUUAGGUCACUGGUUCUUUGCUGAACCCAGUAAACAACUACUGUUUAGCUCUAUGGCAAUUCCACAGUAACGGAAUUACGCUGAGACUCAGAUUCUUCACUUUAAAAUGUUUUUUUUUUAAAUAAAAGAACAUUUGACAAAAACACAUUUACUUUAACAGUGCAGAUGUAAAGUUUCGUAACAGAAUGACGGUUUGUGCUGUUGGUGCCGUAAUCAGUCAUUACCAAACUUUGCAUUUGCACUGUUCUUCAAGUAAAUGUGUUUUUGACUAAUUUUCUGUGUAAAUUACAAAAAGUAGUCCUUGUGCAUAGAGUUGUAACGUUUUGUUAAACUUUGAAAUCAAUCGAUUUUGUUUGGCAUACAUUUUAAAGUCUCAGCGUAAUUCCGUCAGUGUGGAAUUGCCCUCCAGUAGUGCUUCCUUCACUGAGUAUCCAUGUUCAAUCAUUUUCCUGCCCUUCAAAAAGAAAUGGAGAGGAAAUAAUAAAGGAAGAAACUCAAACUAAUGACAGAAUUAUUUUAUCACCACAGGUUCCCUCCCCAUCUUUAGCCCCCACAUUGUGUCCCAAAUGGCUCCCUACUCCCAGUUUAGUGGCCUUUUGGCCCUGAUCAAAAGUAGUGCACUAGAUUAGGAAUAGGUUGCCAUUUGGGAGAUAGCUUUAGAUUUGCACAUUCAAUUUUUUUCAUAUGUGCCUCUGAACUCCGACUACGGGUGACCUCUCCUUCGCCUUCCCCACAGAGCUCAUUAAACAAGCCUAUGUUUUAUACGGCUUUAAAGUCAUUUUAAUUCAAACACAAAGAAGGCCAGAGAGGAGGAGAGGGGAGAGAAAAAAGGAGGGAUCUCCAUUUCACAUUCAGCCGACUCAGAGACACAAAAACAAAUAACGAGGCGUAAGUCAGCCCUGCUCUGUGUGUGUGUCGCGACCCUAUCCAUACGACCCCCCCCCCCCCAUCUCUGGUGUAUGGUUGUAUGGGCAGCAGGAAGGUUACAACUCAUUAACUAAAGACUGAUAAUUAACCAAGCGAGUGCUGUCGUAUGAUUGAACUGCUACAGGCAAGAUAUACAUUACUCUCUCCCUCUCUGGUCUCGCUCUCUGGGCUUUCUCUCUGUUCUCUCUCUCCCUCCAUUUAGUGAAUCACUUUUAAUGUACAUUACAUGGAAAGCAAUUUGACAUUUACCUCGUGUGAAAAGCCAAAGGGACAUAUCUUAGUCAUAACAAAAUGUGUUCAGCUUUCUGAUUGCCCAAUCUGACGUCAUAGAUUGGUCCCUGAACACGAUCCAUCGCUCUGUUUAACUCUGCACUACAGCACUCAAUGGAUUACACACACACACACACACACACACACACACAUCUUUCAAUAACCUUGGUUAUGCUGACCAGUGUUGUUAGAUAGAUAGCCUUUGAUCCUCUUCAGCUUCAAAAGGGCAAUCCUAGACAUUACACCCAAUCGGAUAAAAUGGGAACAAAUUCUCCCUCUUUGGUUUAUUUCAAGAAUGAGCGAGGCCUAUUUUAAAAUAUAGGCUAAUCUUUGGGCUUGAUGAGAAUUCAUAAACACAGAAGUCGGCAGGGAGCAACACACACACAGCAGAACCCACCUAUCACCGACACAAAAACGACUUGUGUGUGUUAAUCCGUCUCUCUGAGUCUGAAAGCACAUUCUCUUUAGAUGGCUGAUAAUGCCUUUCAUGGGCUAAUCGUUGACAUUUUUAAAAGACUCUGGGUUUAAAGCAGAGAGAAAGUGCUCAAUGGUAAUUGAAUUGGUGAAACGCUCUCUGUUGGAGGGAUCUGUGUUUUACGAUUUAUUGGAUGGUUUGGCCUGUCUUUUUGUUAUAGCUAAGGCCUACUGUCUGGAAUCCCAACUUUUCCAUUGGAGUUGAUGUAUUUACACAGCAACUCUUACGCUUUCUCCCUUUGACUCUACAUACCUCUCUCCUCAAUCAAUUAAUCAAUUACAUUUAUUUAAGAUUUAUAAAGCCCUUUUUACAUCAGCAGAUGUCACAAAGUGCUAUACAGAAACCCAGCACGGUGGCUAGGAAAAACUCCCUAGAAAGGAAGAAACCUAGAGAGGAACCAGGCUCUGAGGGGUGGCCAGUCCCCUUCUGGCUGUGCCGGGUGGAGAUUAUAACAGUACAUGGCCAUUAAGGCCAGAUUUUUCUCCAAGAUGUUCAAACGUUCAUAGAUGACCAGCAGGGUCAAAUAAUAAUCACAGUGGUUGUAGAGGUUGCAACAGGUCAGUACAUCAGGAGUAAACGUCACUUGGCUUUUCAUAGCCGGGCAUUUAGAGGUUGUGGUAGAGAGAGAGAGAGUUGAAAACAGCAGGUCUGGGACAAGGUAGCACAUCCGGUGAACAGGUCAGGGUUCCAUAGCCGCAGGCAGAAGAGUGGAAACUGGAGCAGCAGCACGACCAGGUGGACUGGGGACAGCAAGGAGUCAUCAGGCCAGGUAGUCCUGAGGCAUGGUCCUAGGGCUCAGGUCCUCCGGGAUGGGACGACUACAUCCCUCUCUCCUCUCUUUUACUCUAAAUCCCUCUCUCCUCUCACCUUUUUUUUCAUUUAUUGGUAGUUGUUUGGCCUGUAUCUCUUUGUGAUACUGGCAUCUAACCACUGGCUUUGCUCUAUCCUUUAACCUUUUAUAGCUCUCUUUUCCAUCCAUCCUCCCAUCUUCUCAACGUAUAUGGAGGAAUCCCAUUUCCCCCAGAAUUACAUUACUAUGUUUAUACUUUAGCACCAUAUAGGCUACGCUACUGUGAAUCUGAACAUGGCAACACACUUUGAAUGGUGAUGCAAAGGUUUCCAUCUCUCUGCCCUGUCCGUUAUGGGGUGUUUGUCAGUGUGACAUUUCCAGUAUUGUCUUUUAAGUGUGUGUGUUUUCAUCACUGCAUACAUUACACACCCUGAUGUGUGUGUGUGAUGGCAAUCUUGGGCAGCUCUCCAGUGCUUAUUGUCACGGUUCCCAGAGUGGCUCUAUGGAAAUGAGAUCCGCUAUGAUUGACCUCCCAGUUAGCUGGGUGCAUCACACUCGGGCUGUUUUGAAUGAAAAAUGGAUUAAUUAAUUCUAGUACUCCCUCAAACACAGAGAGGGUGUUUUUAGUGUUCAAAACUAGGCUAGUGUGGUCCUUACUGUAGUGUUUCUCAACCAAGCUUUAUUGGGCCUCACAUAAAUGAUGUAAGCUAAGCUGUUGGCCACAACCUUUGUGUGUAGACUUGUGUGUUUCCAUGUACAUCAUGGUUUUCCUGUAUGUGUGUAUGCGCAAAGGAGACAGCAAGUGGCCUAUGGGACUGGGAUUAAAAUGUAGAUUGUGUUCUCUGGAACAGCCUCACAUCUCCUCUGGGUCAAACCGACUAACAUCCAGGGCCUCAUUAAUGGAGAGAGAGUCUCUCUCUCUCUGUCUCUGUGUGUGUGUCUCUGUGUGUGUGUGUUUCCCUCUCCUCUCGGAGCACCACACUAGCUACUGGAGAGAUAAGAAAGAUAUCUCUGCUCCCCAUUUGACCCAAUUGAUAAACUGUAGAGAAACAAACCAAAUCAGAGGAAGUUCCUGCCCUUGUCUGUCUGGAAGAUAUGUUCUCUCCACUCAGCUGUACUUUGCUUCUCUACAUUUUUGGGAGGAACUGACAUUUGAUUUCUCUAUCUGAUUAUUGCUUGGUGCACUGUAUGCUUUACACGCUUUCUUCCCCUCUCUCUUUCUCUGUGCUCAUGAUCUCCUUUUCUGGCAGUAAUACACACAUAAUGUAGACAUGCUCAGACACGCUUCACACGCACACACACCUAACACACAUAUGGGUGUAUUUCCAGGUCAAAGGUGACAGCCUGGCAGGCAUCUCUAGGUCUUAGCCCUGCGUGUGAAAAUAUUUUGUCUGUGUACGUGUUUGACUGGAGCAUAGAGGUCCUGCCUGCCUGGACUUGAGAACACAGCUAAGUACUUGAUUGGCUGCCGUAUUAUACUGAACAAAAAUAUAAAUGCAACAAUUUCAACGAUUUUACAGAGUUAAAGUUCAUAUAAGGAAAUCAGUCAAUUGAAAUAAAUUCAUUAGGCCCUAAUCUAUGGAUUUCACAUGACUGGGCAUAGGCCCAUCCACUUGGGAGCCAGGCCCAACCACUUGGGAGCCAGGCCCAGCCAAUCAGAAUGAGUUUUUCUCCACAAAAGGGCUUUAUUACAGACAUAAAUACUCCUCAGUUUCAUCAGCUGUCUGGGUGCCUGGUCUCAGACGAUCCCACAGGUGAAGAAGCCAGAUCUGGAGGUCCUGGGCUGACGUGGUUACACGUGGUCUGCGGUUGUGAGGCCGGUUGGACGUACUGUCAAAUUCUCUAAAACAAAGUUGGAGGCGGCUUACGGUAGAGACAUUAACAUUCAAUUAUCUGGCAACAGCUCUUGUGGACAUUCCUGCAGUAAGCAUGCCAAUUGCACGCUCCCUCAAAACUUGAGACAUCUGUGGCAUUGUGUUGUGUGACAAAACUACACAUUUUAGAGUGGCCUUUUAUUGUCCCUAGCACAAGGUGCACCUGUCUAAUGAUCAUGCUGUUUAAUCAGCUUCUUGAUAUGCCACACCUGUCAUGUGGAUGGAUUAUCUUGGCAAAGGAUAAAUUUGUGCACAAAACUUGAGAGAAUUAAGCUUUUUGUGCGUAUUUAACAAUUCUGGGAUCUUUUAUUUCAGCUCAUGAAACAUGGGACUAACACUUUACAUGUUGCGUUUUAUAUUUUUGUUCAGUGUAGUUAUUUUUCUUUACAACGCUAAUCCUCUUGCACUGUUUAAGCCAGAAACGCCAUUCAAACAUUAGAACGUGUAGACUGGUCUGGAAUAGUGUGCUUGUAUACAACUUUAUUAAUAACCCAUUAGAAGCCAUAGAGGCCCAUCAACAGCCUUUCUUUAAAUUACUAUAGCGGCCACAAACUGCCUUGUUUUUAUAACAAUAAUACAGUGGGGGGAAAAAGUAUUUAGUCAGCCACCAAUUGUGCAAGUUCUCCCACUUAAAAAGAUGAGAGAGGCCUGUAAUUUUCAUCAUAGGUACACGUCAACUAUGACAGACAAAUUGAGAAAAAAAAAAUCCAGAAAAUCACAUUGUAGGAUUUUUUAUGAAUUUAUUUGCAAAUGAUGGUGGAAAAUAAGUAUUUGGUCACCUACAAACAAGCAAGAUUUCUGGCUCUCACAGACCUUGUAACUUCUUCUUUAAGAGGCUCCUCUGUCCUCCACUCGUUACCUGUAUUAAUGGCACCUGUUUGAACUUGUUAUCAGUAUAAAAGACACCUGUCCACAACCUCAAACAGUCACACUCCAAACUCCACUAUGGCCAAGACCAAAGAGCUGUCAAAGGACACCAGAAACAAAAUUGUAGACCUGUACCAGGCUGGGAAGACUGAAUCUGCAAUAGGUAAGCAGCUUGGUUUGAAGAAAUCAACUGUGGGAGCAAUUAUUAGGAAAUGGAAGACAUACAAGACCACUGAUAAUCUCCCUCGAUCUGGGGCUCCACGCAAGAUCUCACCCCGUGGGGUCAAAAUGAUCACAAGAACGGUGAGCAAAAAUCCCAGAACCACACGGGGGGACCUAGUGAAUGACCUGCAGAGAGCUGGGACCAAAGUAACAAAGCCUACCAUCAGUAACACACUACGCCGCCAGGGACUCAAAUCCUGCAGUGCCAGACGUGUCCCCCUGCUUAAGCCAGUACAUGUCCAGGCCCGUCUGAAGUUUGCUAGAGUGCAUUUGGAUGAUCCAGAAGAGGAUUGGGAGAAUGUCAUAUGGUCAGAUGAAACCAAAAUAGAACUUUUUGGUAAAAACUCAACUCGUCGUGUUUGGAGGACAAAGAAUGCUGAGUUGCAUCCAAAGAACACCAUACCUACUGUGAAGCAUGGGGGUGGAAACAUGCUGUUUUUCUGCAAAGGGACCAGGACGACUGAUCCGUGUAAAGGAAAGAAUGAAUGGGGCCAUGUAUCGUGAGAUUUUGAGUGAAAACGUGGCUGGGUCUUUCAGCAUGACAAUGAUCCCAAACACACCGCCCGGGCAACGAAGGAGUGGCUUCGUAAGAAGCAUUUCAAGGUCCUGGAGUGGCCUAGCCAGUCUCCAGAUCUCAACCCCAUAGAAAAUCUUUGGAGGGAGUUGAAAGUCUGUGUUGCCCAGCGACAGCCCCAAAACAUCACUGCUCUAGAGGAGAUCUGCAUGGAGGAAUGGGCCAAAAUACCAGCAACAGUGUGUGAAAACCUUGUGAAGACUUACAGAAAACGUUUGACCUGUGUCAUUGCCAACAAAGGGUAUAUAACAAAGUAUUGAGAAACUUUUGUUAUUGACCAAAUACUUAUUUUCCACCAUAAUUAACAAAUUAAUUAAUUACAAAUCCUACAAUGUGAUUUUCUGGAUUUUUUUUCUUCUCAUUUUGUCUGUCAUAAUUGACGUGUACCUAUGAUGAAAAUUACAGGCCUCUCUCAUCUUUUUAAGUGGGAGAACUUGCACAAUUGGUGGCUGACUAAAUACUUUUUUCCCCCACUGUAUCAAGAGAACAUCCCUGGUCAUCCCUACUGCCUCUGAUCUGACGGACUCACUAAACACAUGCUUAAUUUGUAAAUGAUGUCUGAGUGUUGGAGCGUGCCCCUGGCUAUCCGCAUUCUAGAAUUCUAUUGGGGCCUAAAGGGUUAACUAUUAAACUUUUAUCCAACUUCAUCCACUUUAAUGGGAUUUAUUCAACAUUCUAAACCUCCCGUUAACUCCCAUUAGGAAGCUGCGACCUUCCAACAUUUGUAUUCGCUGUAAACAAUGUAACCAGGGGUCGCGUUAAUGCAGAAUUGUGUUUUUCACUCAGAAAAACAUUUAUAAAACGCAUAAGAAAUAUCUUGCUGUGUUUUCAAAAUGCAGAUCUAAAAUGCUUCUUAUUGUAAUUUCUGCUCUGUAUCAGACUAAUGUUGUGCUUCAGUUGCACUUCUCCACUCAGGUGAGAAUUCACCAACAGGCAUUCUAUCUGCAGACAGCUCUCUGACUGAUGUGGAGCUACUUUUCUCAGUGUAGCAGACUUUGUCCUGUAAAAUGCAAGAUGAACUUUAAGCAAAACAUUAGGAAAUGUAGCUGGCUACAUUCUUUCUAUGAUAAACAUUAGAAAUAUGAUGGCUAUGGAUUCAUUGUUUUUGCAAAAAAAUACCUUGCUUUUUCAUUGUUAGCUUAUUUACUUGUGUGGCUGCUUGCCAAAUAGUGUUGCACUUCAGUUGUCAUCUGAUGAAUGAGGCUUUACAUUUUUCCUAUUCUAUUCUCCCACUCCUAUUCCCCCCUGUCUGAGCUCUUGCUGUUUGCACAGUCAGUCAGGCUGUAUUCAGUAAAGACUCCCUCUAGGAGUGGAAAGCCAGUGUUGGUUGAGGACGACCAGCUAGUGUGGAGAAUAACAUAACCAUUCACCACAGUCACGGAGGGAGCUGUGUGGACCUCAUAUGACCCAGCACCUCUUUUCAGUCUUAUGUAGUAACAUUUGAAUACAGACUCAGAGCUACAAAAUGGUAUAUCAUACACUGUAGUUGAGGAACAAUGGGAAAGUAUUCUGCUUUGAAAGUUGAUAAACUUGAAACCCCACUUUUAAUAAAUGGCCCUUGAAAAGGUUUUGGUUAAGUUUUUACAGUUCUUUGUUCACACCCAUUCAGCAUCGUUCACUCCGUCUUAAGCCUUAGCCCCACCCAUCUCUUUAAGAAUUCACAUGUGAGGCCAUGUGCUAAACAGAGUAAGGUAGUGUAGUAAACAACCAAAGAUUUCAAGACUAAAAGUGGUGAAAGUAGUAGCAAAAAGUAGUAGUAAAAUUACACUUUAUCUAGUCCUUGGCCUGUAUCCUAAUCUGACUUUGGUGCAGGUCAUGUUGUUCUUCCCAUUACCGUCUCUGGUAAACACACACAAAAUACAAUCAACGUUUAUUUGUCACAUGCACAGGAUGUAAACGGUACAGUGAAAUGAUUACUUGCAUAGUAGCAAUAUCAAAAAUAGAAAGUAUCACUAUUUUUAAAAAAGAACAAAGUGUUCAUGCCAGUAGAGAAAGAACAAAAUAAUAUACAGUAUGUACAAGCACAAUAAUAUACAGUAUGUACAAGCACAAUAAUAUACAGUAUGUACAAGCACAAUAAUAUACAGUAUGUACAAGCACAAUAAUAUACAGUAUGUACAAGCACAAUAAUAUACAGUAUGUACAAGCACAAUAAUAUAUAGUAUGUACAAGCACAAUAAUAUACAGUAUGUACACGCACAAUAAUAUACAGCAUGUACACGCACAAUAAUAUACAGUAUGUACAAGCACAAUAAUAUACAGUAUGUACAAGCACAAUAAUAUACAGUAUGUACAAGCACAAUAUCAAUAACGAUAUCAGUGAUAGAUUAAGUAGUUAUACUGUAUGCAUACAAUCAGGGGUAAAGUGGCUGAGUAGCAGGAUUAAAAAUAAAAAUUGUAGCAGCAACGUAUGGCGUGUGUUAGGAGAGAGUCGUGAAUGUGCAUAGAGGCACUGCAGAUAAUCCGGAUGACUGGGAACUUGCCCCCAGUGAUGAUCUGGUCCGUCCACACCACACAUGAACAGGGGAAUCUAUAUUCGGAGAGCCUGUUUCUGUCCUGCCCUUUACUUUGGUGCAGGGCAUGUGAUGUUCAUGCCCUAUUUGUCGCAAAACUCCCUGUUCUUCUGAAAGAGAAGUUUGUCUAGUUGUCUGAUCCAGGUGGUGCUUGUACAGGCAGACCAUCUAUGGGAGGAAGGACGUCAGCGUUGCGCAGCAGCUGAAACCUGGUCCGACUGAGUCCAAACACUCCUUGGCGACAACAACACCAGACUCCAGAGCAUCAAAGGUGUAAAACAGGAAAAUAGACAAAACAAUAGAUAAGAAAUUACAACCUUAACAUCAAUUCACCUCCCGAGUUUAGAUAAGAAGAAUAACCUCAUACAAUUAAAUGAAAAUGAUAUUCACCAUAAGUGCUGGUACUGCUUGAUCUGUGGCAGCGGCCUGAAGUAUGGAGUCGGGUGUUGUUGCCAGCCAUAGCUUUCCACCAGCACCGUACCAUCCUCCAGUCCAACCAGCUGUGGGAUGUUGACCCCUGUCACAGUGAUGUCCUUCACCACACCAGCAAUCUCUGUGUUCACUCUGGUCUUUCUGAAGCGCUGCUUUAAGAGGCAGAAGCACCAGUCGGGGUCAAACAUGGUGUGGCCUGUGAUCAGGAAGUGAAGGUCCAGACUGUGGUGGAGCUUGUGCAUGGUCUGUCAGGCACAAUACCAGAGCACAAACUUGUUCUUGUUUUGGCCACUGCAGUUAUCACAAUUCAGGUCCACACGUGUUUCCCCAACUCCGUAGUUGGUGAAGUAGUUGAUGCCUGCGCUGCUGCCUUUGCUGGAUGACAUGCCUUCAUCAAUCAAGUAGUUGACUUGUUGUGGUAUUCCUUCACAGCAUACACCAAAGAAGCCACACUUGCGAGGAGUUAAAAAGUAGAUUUGACCUGGCUGCAUAAGGCCAGAAGUAUAGUGCACCUGCAAACAACAACAAAAUAACAUUAGAUAAAUGUCAAUUGUCACAUCCCUGUCAGUCUGUCUUUACACAGGUCAGUGAAAGACGUGUGCCUGCUUCGCAUUUAUAUGCAGUACCAGUUAAAAGUUUGGACACACCUACUCAUUCAAGGGUUUUUCUUUAUUUUUUAAACUAUUUUCUACAUUGUGGAAUAAUAGGGAAGACAUCAAAACUAUGAAAUAACACAUGGAAUCAUGUAGUAACCAAAAAAGUGUUAAACAAAUCAAAAUAUAUUUGAGAUUUUUCAAAGUAGCCACCCUUUGCCUUGGUGACAGCUUUGCACACUCUUGGCAUUAUCUCAAUCAGCUUCAUGAGGUAGUCACAUGGAAUGCAUUUCAAUUAACAGGUGUGCCUGAAAUUUAUUUCCUUCUUAAUGCGUUUGAGCCAAUUAGUUGUGUUGUGUUGUGUUGUGACAAGGUAGGGGUGGUAUACAGAAGAUCAAGUCCAUAUUAUGGCAAGAACAGCUCAAAUAUGCAAAGAUAAAUGACAGUCCAUCAUUACUUUAUGACAUGGUCAGUCAAUCCAGAAAAUGUCAAGAACUUUGAAAGUUUCUUCAAGUGCAGUCGCAAAAACCAUCAAGAACUAUGAUGAAACUGGCUCUCAUGAGGACCGCCACAGGAAAGGAAGACCCAGAGUUACCUCUGCUGCAGAGGAUAAGUUCAUUAGAGUUACCAGCCUCAGAAAUUUCAGCCCAAAUAAAUGCUUCCCAGAGUUCAAGUAACAGACACAUCUCAACAUCAACUGUUCAGAGGAGACUGUGUGAAUCAUGACUUCAUGGUCGAAUUGCUGCAAAGAAACCACUACUAAAGGACACCAAUAAUAAGAAGAGACUUGCUUGGGUCAAGAAACACAAGCAAUGGACACCAUGGAUGAAAUGCUGUAGUAUGAAUCUGCAGGUAGCUAAAGCUAACCAACUAAGUUCAAUGUUAGCUAGCUAACAUUAGGCUAUGAUUAGCAAUGCAAAUAGAUUUCUGAGAUACAUGUAAAAAAGACUGUGGUAAUAUUAUUUGUAAGUUAGCUAGGUAGCUAAACAAUUUACCAUAACCGUUUCUUCCCCAUCACUGUCAUCAGAAAACUCUACAAUGUCUGGUUCAAUUAUAAAAAUUAAAAAUCGGGGAUUUCCUUAUAGUCUGAUUAAUUUUCAGUCAGCAUGGCACUAUCAAUCUCCAGAAGGUAGUCAUCACAACUUUUUCCCACUGACCAUUGUCUAUAGCGCCUGCUAAAUUCAGGGCAGCGAUGUUGUUGAGAGCAGGAGCAACACUUUUGCAGUUCUCCAUAUAAAAAUAAAAGAAACAUGGUAGCAAGGAUUAUUUACACAUACUGAGCAGUUCAUGUUAUAGACAGAAGCAUGGUACAUGACAGACCAAUCCAAACUCAUGUCUUGGCAUGUCCAGCCCACCCAUUAUCUCAGCCAAUCAUGGAUAGCGGGAAGGUUCCGGACUUUUACCUUGGCUAAACCAACUAGGCUCGUAAUAUAACAAUUCUAUUUGUAUUUACAGAUGACAUACACAUUUGUUAUUAAGGCACAUGAAAGUUCACAUGUUCCAGAAGGCAUUUCUUCAACAAAAAAAACACUCAUUUUGAUUAAAAAAAUAUAUGUUUACGUUCAAAUGCCUCUCCUGUGAAGUAGUGCACAUAGCUUCCUGAUUUACUUUUGUCAAUAUCACUACUGCACUAUUACAUGAAUACUUCAUGAAUGUCUGCAUUGAAUUGGCUUGUAACCAAGCAGAACUGCUCAAGUGUCUGCUUUUAGAAUUUCAUAUUAUGCUUGUUUGUGUGUGUUUCUUCCUCCAGGCCUAGUACAGAAUGUGGACAAGCGUCUCCCGGUGGCCAAUGAGUACCUGCUCCUUUCUGGGGGUGCCAGGGAGGGCGUCCUGGACCUCAACCCAGAGGAGCUGGGGGACUACGCCAAGGGGGCUGACUUCGACCUGGACUUCACCCUCUUGGUGCCCGCCCUCAAGCUGCACGACCGCAACCAGGUAGGUGCAAUACGGAUGGGAUGGGAAACGUAUAAUUAAGUUGUGUGUGUUGUGAUGUUUUUACUGUGUCCCCUUUUUGAACUUUUCUAUAUUAUGUCAUAUGAAGUUUGAUGCAAAACAAAUACUAGUAUUGUCUCAGGAAAAAGUAUUAUAAAGUAUUGUUUCUUCUAAUCUCAACCAGCCGGUCACUCUGGACAUGCGCCAGUCGGCCCCCUGCCACUCCUGGCUCUCCCUGCGGCUCUGCGACCCCAACACCCUGGCAAGGUGGAGGAUCUGCUGCCAGGAGGAGACAGAGUUACCCCCCGAGGAUGAUGAGGAGGAAGAGAAAAGGGAAAUGGGUCACAAAGCCUCUGGUGACGUCCCCACCUCCCUCUACGUAAUGUGUUUUCUUCUCUUUUGUUGCUUUGAGUUUUACUGUGUUUUACUGUCUUUUUUUAUUGUGUUUUACUCUAAAGUGUGUUGCAUUGAUUUUAAAUGCGCUUUAAAUAAAGUUCGAUUUGUAUUUGAUUCCAGUCGCCCCACCAGUCUCUGGAUGGCUGCUACUUCUCCCCGGCGCUGGUGGCUGACUGGUUCUGGGGGGUGGUGGGUGAGGCGGUGGACGAGCUGAGGCGUUCCCCCAAGAGAGGCAUCCCCAUCCCGGAGAGGCUUGAACGCAACGGGCCCCUGACCACCCUCAUCCUCCAGGCGGGCUCUAGCCGGGUGCUCUAUGACCUGCUGCCAGUGGUGUCCUUCCGGGGCUGGCCAGCGGUGGCCCAGGGCUGGCUGACGGCCAACCACUUCUGGGACGGGAAGAUCACGGAAGAAGAGGCCAUCGCUGGGUUCUACCUGCUGCCCUGCCCGGCUCCGCUGGGGGGGAGGCCCGACCGGGAGUGGAGGCUUGCCUUCUCACGCAGCGAGGUGGGUAGCUAGCGGCACAUUCUAGUUGGCUAGUUAACCAUCGGGUAGCUGCUUCUUUUGAAUAGCUACAGUUGAAGUCGGAAGUUUACAGACACAUAGGUUGGAGUCAUUAAAACUUGUUUUUCAACCACUCCACAAAUGUGUUGUUAGUCGGUUAGGACAUCUACUUUGUGCAUGACACAAGUAAUUUUUCCAACAAUUGUUUACAGACAGAUAUUAUUUCACUUAUAAUUCACUGUAUCACAAUUCCAGUGGGUCAGAAGUUUACAUACACUAAGUUGACUGUGCCUUUAAACAGCUUGGAAAAUUCCAGAAAAUGAUGUCAUGGCAUUAGAAGCUUCUGAUAGGCUAAUUGACAUAAUUUGAGUCAAUUGGAGGUGUACCUGUGGAUGUAUUUCAAGGCCUACCUUCAAACUCAGUCCCUCUUUGCUUAACAUCAUGGGAAAAUCAAAAGAAAUCAGCCAAGACCUCAGCAAAAAAAUUGUAGACCUCCACAAGUCUGGUUCAUCUUUGGGAGCAAUUUCCAAACGCCUGAAGGUACCACGUUCAUCUGUACAAACAAUAGUACGCAAGUAUAAACACCAUGGGACCUCGCAGCCGUCAUACCACUCAGGAAGGAGACUCGUUCUGUCUCCUAGAGAUUAACAUACUUUGGUGUGAAAAGUGCAAAUCAAUCCCAGAACAACAGCAAAGGACCUUGUGGAGAUGCUGGAGGAAACCGGUACAAAAGUAUAUAUAUCCACAGUAAAACGACUCCUAUAUCGACAUAACCUGAAAGGCCGCUCAGCAAGGAAGAAGCCACUGCUCCAAAACCGCCAUAAAAAAGCCAGACUACGGUUUGCAACUGCACAUGGGGACAAAGAUCAUACUUUUUGGAGAAAUGUCCUCUGCUCUGAUGAAAUAAAAAUAGAACUGUUUGGCCAUAAUGACCAUCGUUAUGUUUGGAGGAAAAAGGGGGUUGCUUGCAAGCCGAAGAACACCAUCCCAACCGUGAAGCACGGGGGUGGCAGCAUCAUGCUGUGGGGGUGCUUUGCUGCAGGAGGGACUGGUGCACUUCCCAAAAUAGAUGGCAUCAUGAGGAAGGAAAAUGAUGUGGAUAUAUUGAAGCAACAUCUCAAGACAUCAGUCAGGAAGUUAAAGCUUGGUUGCAAAUGGGUCUUCCAAAUGGACAAUGACCCCAAGCAUACUUCCAAAGUUGUGGCAAAAUGGCUUAAGGACAACAAAGUCAAGGUAUUGGAGUUGCCAUCACAAAGCCCUGACCUCAAUCCUAUAGAAAGUUUGUGGGCGGAACUGAAAAAGCGUGUGCGAACAAUGAGGCCUACAAACCUGACUCAGUUACACCAGCUCUGUCAGGAGGAAUGGGCCAAAAUUCACCCAACUUAUUGUGGGAAGCUUGUGGAAGGCUACCCGAAACAUUUGACCCAAGUUAAACAAUUUAAAGGCAAUGCUACCCAAUACUAAUUGAGUGUAUGUAAACUUCUGACCCACUGGGAAUGUGGUGAAAGAAAUAAAAGCUGAAAUAAAUCAUUUUCUCUACUAUUAUUCUGACAUUUCACAUUCUUAAAAUAAUGUGGUGAUCCUAACUGACCUAAAACAGGGAAUGUUUACUAGGGUUAAAUUUCAGGAAUGCGUUUAAAUGUAUUUGGCUAAGGUGUAUGUAAACUUCCGACUUCAACUCUAUAUAGUUAGAUUGGGCAUGGGAUUUCUGCUGGACAAAAUGGCUAGCUAGCCUAAUUUGUGAAACUGAAACUCAGCAAUAUGUAAUCGCCACAAGCAGCUGAAUGAAUUGCAGAUAAGCUCGAUGCACUCACCAAGAGUAUCUGCGCAUGUCCACGGGUGCGCUUCAUGCUACUACAACAUGCUAGUUUUAGCCUUCUGUGUCAUACUCUUAGUUGUUGCCGAAGUCUGUCCUAUUCUGAUGUUGACUUUGUGCGUCUCUGACUUUACCUUUAAAUAGAAACUGAUGCUUAACUAAGCGGAAGUACAGGUUCACUUACAGUUGAAACGUGACACUUACAGGUGAAACAUUUUGAACUUUAAAUAUGAAAGUAGUAUGGUUCUUAACUGUCUUUAAAUACCGUUGGAAAUGGCUCAACUAAUAUUUAGCUUCACUAUAACAUCCAUCAGGGCUUUGUCUCUGGUGCAUGCAUGUGUACUGUAUGUUGAUGCUGUAUGCGUCAUGCUGGUGACAAAUCCAAUUACCCCUCGUGAGAUUAAUGAAGUCUAUUUAAUUCAAUUCAGUCUGACCUGGCUGCCAUAUCUUUGUCUCCCUCCUGCCAUGUCUGUCUCCAGGUGCAGCUGAAGAAGUGCAUCCCGUUCCCCAUGGCCCAGGCCUUCCAGGCUGCCAAGGCUGUCCUCUCCCGCCUCCUGGCUCGCCCCCGCACUGGCCUCAGCCCCUACCACCUCCGCACCCUCCUCUUCUGGGCCUGCGACCGCCUACCGCCCGCCUACCUCUCUUCGCCCGACCCAGACACCCCCGCCCGCCUCCUCCUGGGCCUCCUGGAUGAUCUGGCCCACUGCAUCCUGGGUAAGAACUGUCCCAACUACUUUCUGCCCCAAUGCAACAUGCUGGAGCACCUGUCGGACAGCCAAGCCCUGCUGGUGGCCCGGAAGCUGGCCCAUGUCCGGUCUGACCCGACUGAGCACCUCCAGGUGGCCCUGGACCAGGCCAGACAGGCGGGCCAGCUGAAGAGGGAAGCGGCGGGCGCUACCAACGGGCAUGGAGGGUCGCCGAGGCACGGGUACCUGGCCAGCGGCAUCAUCUCACCCUCGGACGACAAGCUGGCUGCCAGGCUGCAGCAGCUGGUGACAGAGAACCCCGGGAAGUCGAUUUCUGUUUUUCUCAACCCCGAUGAUGUCACGAGGCCGCACUUCCGCAUCGAUGGCAAGUUCUACUGACCUGAGGGCCUCGUCUAGAGUGGUGUGAUGGCGACACACACACACUCUUCAAAACACAUGUAAAACGGCGAGCCAGAAUAUGGCGAGUCAACUAGGAUGGCUCUAGAGGCGAAACACUGCAGAGCCUCGCUACUCUCCUAUACCACCACCUCCUGGAGGCUAACGACAAUGAUGCUAACGCUAACGAGUGCUAACGACGCUGCUGAACAAAAAUACUACCAAAAACACCUUUACACACUGCACACUACCAGGAGCAGGAGGCUGGCCCUAGAGAGCCCUAGGAUAGAGAAACCAACACUCGUCUAUCUAUUUAGUAGUGAGUGAUGUCAUAAAGAGGCCUCAUCACAGGAAAAAGGCUUGUUGAGUUGUUACCACGGAGACCGCUGCUCUUUUAUGAGUUUGCCCUAAGGAGAUGUUCUUUUAGCUGGUGCUACAAAGAAAAGAAAGAACCGCUUUAGAAUGAAGAAAGUCUGCUGCUUGCUGCUCCCAUAAAAUGACACGGUGUACCCUAAGGGUUUCUGCUCUUCUCCUCACUAAUGAGAAAUACUGUAUUCGCCCCUUUUUUCUGCCCAAUCAAAGUGGGUGAUUAGUACCUGAUUCUCCAUUUUAUAUUCAACUAUGAUGUAACUGAAUGUAAUUUGGUGUGGGGAAAUGUCUUUGAACAAAUAGUAUUUUCUUUCUUCCCUCUUUCUGUACUUCUUUUUAUCCCUCUUUCUCUCUUUACUCUGCCCCUCUCUCAUUCGCAUACUUCCUUUCUCUCUCUCUCUCAGGUAUUUUUAACGUUCUUAAUUGUUUUUCUAUGGUUCCCCUCCAUCUAUCUUGAAUGGUAUAACCCA